CAUUAGAGGUCUAUAUCAAGAGCUUCCCUGCAUCACCUGGAGAGCUUUGCAUCCUCAUAGCUCGAAGCCUCUUUUGCAAGAGGCCGACGACGUUGUGUCUGCCGUGCGACCCCCUAAUAAACCAGGCAGUGGCGAAUCCUCCCUCCCUAAGGCUAAUCCUCUCCAUCGCCCCAAGACCAUAGCACAUACACACGCGCACUCACCUUGCUAUUGCCCAAGAGCAAAUAUCUCCUACGAAAGAUGGACUCGUCGAAAACCUACAGCGGCCCGGGAAAGCAGGCGAUGCAAUAUGAGUCACCCGAAGCGCUGCUGGACGUGUUCAAGGCCGCGGCGCUAUCCGUGACGCAGCUUUACAAGACAUCUGCCAAAGCAGAGGCACGCGCUCGCGUUGACGGAUACCAAGACUGUUUGGACGACCUCCUCCUCUUCCUUGAUAAGCAAAGCAUUGGCUUGGACGAUGGCGAGGGCUGGAGGAUAAGAAGAUGGGCUACAGAGAGGCUUGAUGGUCGAGAGGCAGGACAUCAGAGCACUGAGAGCGAAGACGAGACCGACAAGGGCGAGAGAAAUACGUCUCCUGAGACUUCUCGGGCUAGUGCCGAACCAUCAGCGUCUACAUCAGCUCCGAUCCAAUCUCGAACACACUCACCUGCCGAGGCCGCUGCCGUACCUGCCGCUGCCAUCCCUGCGCCUCCUCCUAUGAACGCAGAACCAACCCAUUUUGUUAUACCGACACAAGAAGCCUUCACCUUCCACUCGACGUAUCCCAACAUCGCCACCCUGGACCUGUCAGACCCACGCCCGCAGGACGUAUCUUCUUUCCCGCCGUCAUUCAGUUCCAAGUUCGGAUCGAGUUCUUCGAGGAACGGCCCUCGAUCUUCAUCACAUCAUAGCCGGGGAGCAGGAGCGAAGCGAAAGAUGGACUUUGACGACUUUUUUGGUGGCUGUUUUGACAGCAAAGACUCAGCCGGCAACGGAAGCAAACGCAGUCGACACACAUGACUGCUAUUUCUUGUUUUGUUUUAAAUCGUAUCAUUUUCUACCGGCGAUCACCAUGUCAAUCAGGUACAAUAUUUCAUAUACAUUCGGAUGGGAACACAGGGCAACUGCGGGACAUGGGAGGGAGGUAGCAUAGAUACCAAAGGCGUUUUUCCUUUUUUUUCCAUUCUACCUGUCUAUUUAUUUUGGAACGGUUGAAUCCGCAUUGAUGGCGUAAGUGUUGAAGAGUUCUCAUCAUACAUAUCUGGAGUUUGUCUCGAAUAGAAGGAAUGGAUGGGAGUAAUCUAGGUACUAGUGCCAUAAUCAGAGCUUGUCUAUCAGCUCUGCAAUGUCUGGACACACGGGUUUUGCUUUAGGAGGCCAUUCAUAGUGCAUAUAUUAAACGCAACAGUUGUACAUAAAUCGAACAAUUUUUUUUUUCUCAUAUGAUGUUUACUCAUUUAUCGAA